AUGGUGCUGUUGGCGGCCUGCCUGUCCGCGUGCGGAUCGGGCGGCGCCCAGCCCCGUCCCCGGCUCAUCGUCGCGGCGGCCGCCAGCCUGACGCCGGUGAUCGAGCCGCUGGCGCAGGCGUACGAGCGUGACACCGGCACGAGAGUCGAGUUGAAUCUGGCGGCUUCCAGCACGAUCGCGGCGCAGAUGAUCGCGGGCGCGCCGAUCGACCUGUUCAUCAGCGCCGAUCAGGCGCAGAUGGAUCGGGUCGACGAGGCAGGAUUGAUCCACGCCGGCACCCGCGUCGAUCUGCUCGGGAAUCGGUUGGUCGUCGUCGCGCCGGCUGGCAGUACGCUGGAGGUGCGGUCGCUGGCGGCGCUGGUCGCGGCGGUCGGGCGAAUCGCGCUGGCUGAUCCGGCGGCGGUGCCGGCCGGCGUGUAUGCGCGCCGAUACCUCGAGUCGGCUGGCGUCUGGCACCAGCUUCAGGGCCGGCUGGUGCCGACCCGCAGCGUGCGCGCCGCCCUGAUCACCGUCGAGGCGGGCGAGGUCGACGUCGGCAUCGUCUAUCGGACCGACGCGCUGUCCUCCGAUCGGGUCACCGAACUGUUCGCGGUGCCGGCAACCGAGGGGCCGGAGAUCCGCUAUCCCGCGGCGGUCGCCGCCGAGUCGGGCGACCCGGAGUCGGCCGGGCGGCUGCUGGCCCAUCUGCGGGGGCCGCAGGCGGGCGCGGUGUUCGAGGCGGCCGGAUUCAUCCUGGUCGGGUCCGGACCAUGA